AACCUUGAUUUUAAAAGCAUACAAACAUGUACACAGUUUCCCUUUGGCCGAAUAUUUGAGCCUAAUAAUCAGCAAACGAUAUAGAGCAACCUCCAGUGCCAGAUCAUGAUCCUCUCGUGUGCUUCAUUCUUAUGUCUCUCAUAGUUUAUAUUUCAAUCCCACGUUAUUAAGUCUUGAAGAUUUAAUGGUCACUAAGCUAGUCCAGCCAUCAAUGACGGAUUCCCAUGUUAGUUCUCUGAUUUGUAGAACCAUGAAUAUCAUGAAUCUUCAAAGAUUUGUCCCGGCUUCAAGGAUAAACACCUCAAGGUUUGGUGAGAGACCAUUAUGGUUUAGACCCAUCACCAUCAUUAAAGUUGCAGAUCACAGCUCUGGCUCAGGCUUAGUUGAGGAUGAAACACUUGUUCAAAAGAAAAGAGAGCUUUAUCAGGCGGUGGAAGGAAUCAAAUGGGGGAUUUUUGGACUCCCAUCUGCCAAGAAAUCUGAAAUUGAAAGUUUGGUGAAGCAGCUAGAAUCUCAGAAUCCAACUCCACACCCAACUCUAGAAUUGGAGAAGGUGGCUGGGUGUUGGAGGCUUGUUUACAGUACAAUCUCAAUUUUGGGAGCAAAGAGGACCAAGUUAGGCCUCAGAGAGAUUAUCUCAUUGGAUGAUUUUUUUCAGACCAUUGAUAUAUCAAAGAGCAAAGCAGUUAAUGUGAUCAAGUUCAGUGCAAGGGGUUUGAGUUUGAUGUCAGGACAACUUAGUAUUGAGGCGUCUUUCAAGAUUGCUUCCACAACAAGGGUUGACAUCAAUUUCGAAAACUCCACAAUCACUCCUGAUCAGUUGAUGAAUCUGUUUAGGAAAAAUUAUGAUCUUUUGUUGGGCAUCUUCAAUCCAGAGGGAUGGCUGGAAAUCACAUAUGUUGAUGACAACAUGAGAAUAGGAAGGGAUGACAAAGGUAAUAUCUUUGUACAGGAAAGAUUUGAAGAUAGUAACUCGUAAUGCUUCCACUUUUAUAUUCGAGGUUAAUUAGCAGGCGAGGCAUAUUUUUUAUCCCAACAUUUCUUUGUUUUAAGAAUUUUGUUGGCCAUGGUUUUAGGAAUAUGUCAGAAUUUUUAAAUUUUAUAUAGAAGUUAUGCCAGUAAAAAUCUGUCAUGUUCUUAAGAAAAGCGAAGAACUACUUAACUAUUGUUGUAUUCGUAUACACUAGUCACCAUGAAUAGUUUGUAUUAUAUCAUAAACUUACAGUGUUGAAAUAAAAUUU